GGGAGGGGGCCGCGCUACGGCGGCCGGGUGGGGACAGGGUGCACUACGGCGGCCGGGCGGGGACGGGGCGCGGGGGAGGCGAAGGCGUCGUGCGGAGGGAGCGCGGCGGCGGCGGCGGCCGGGAAGAUGCUGGAGGCGGCGGCCGAGCCGGAGCUGGACCCCGAGGACCUGGUGCACUUCUCGGUCGGCGACUUGCCCAGCCGCGGCUACGGCGUGAUGGGCGAGAUCCGGCGGCAGGGCAAGCUCUGCGACGUGACCCUCAAGGUAGGGGACCAUAAAUUCAGCGCUCACCGGAUCGUGCUGGCGGCUUCCAUCCCGUACUUCCACGCCAUGUUCACCAACGACAUGAUGGAGUGCAAACAGGAUGAGAUCGUCAUGCAAGGGAUGGAUCCCAGCGCGCUGGAGGCUCUGAUCAACUUUGCCUACAACGGUCACCUAGCGAUAGACCAGCAGAACGUCCAGUCUCUGCUGAUGGGCGCCAGUUUCCUUCAGCUGCAAAAUAUCAAGGAUGCCUGCUGCACGUUUCUCAGAGAGAGGCUUCACCCUAAGAACUGCCUGGGAGUGCGCCAGUUUGCAGAAACCAUGAUGUGUGCAGUGCUCUACGACGCUGCCAACAGCUUCAUCCAUCAGCACUUCGUGGAGGUAUCCAUGUCAGAAGAGUUCCUGGCACUGCCCUUCGAGGACGUCCUGGAGCUCGUCUCUAGGGAUGAGCUCAAUGUGAAGUCUGAAGAGCAGGUGUUUGAAGCUGCGUUAGCCUGGAUACGGUACGACCGAGAGCAGAGGGAGUCGUUUUUACCUGAGCUCCUGUCCAAAAUCCGCCUGCCCCUUUGCCGACCUCAGUUUCUCACUGACCGCGUGCAACAAGAUGACCUGGUCCGCUGCUGCCACAAAUGCAGGGAUCUUGUUGAUGAGGCGAAAGAUUAUCACCUCAUGCCCGAGCGCCGGCCGCACCUCCCAGCGUUCAAGACCCGUCCUCGGUGCUGUACAUCGAUUGCCGGACUGAUAUACGCUGUUGGAGGGCUGAACUCAGCAGCAAAUUUUUAUGCAGGUGACUCGCUGAAUGUGGUGGAAGUCUUUGAUCCCAUUGCCAACCGCUGGGAGAAGUGCCAGCCGAUGACGACGGCGCGGAGCCGCGUCGGCGUAGCCGUGGUGAACGGACUGUUGUAUGCCAUCGGCGGAUACGACGGACAGUUAAGGCUGAGUACUGUGGAGGUUUACAACCCCGAAAUGGACUCCUGGUCCAAAGUGGAAAGUAUGAACAGCAAACGAAGCGCCAUGGGCACGGUGGUGCUGGACGGUCAGAUCUACGUAUGUGGCGGGUACGACGGGAACUCGUCUCUCAACUCCGUGGAGUCCUAUGCACCAGAAACGAACAAGUGGACGGUGGUGACCCCCAUGAGCUCCAACCGCAGCGCUGCUGGAGUCACCGUCUUCGAGGGCAGGAUCUACGUGUCCGGAGGACACGACGGCCUGCAAAUCUUCAACAGCGUAGAGUACUACAACCAUCACACGGCCACUUGGCACCCCGUCGCCAGCAUGCUCAACAAGCGCUGCCGCCACGGAGCAGCCUCCCUGGGCAGCAAGAUGUUCGUCUGCGGGGGCUACGACGGCUCCGGCUUCCUCAGCAUCGCCGAGGUCUACAGCUCCAUGGCGGAUCAGUGGUACCUGAUCGUCCCGAUGAACACUCGACGGAGCCGGGUCUCCCUCGUUGCAAACUGUGGCCGCCUCUAUGCUGUCGGGGGCUACGAUGGACAGUCCAACCUCAGCUCGGUAGAAAUGUAUGACCCGGAAACAAACCGCUGGACGUUCAUGGCCCCGAUGGUGUGCCACGAGGGAGGGGUUGGCGUGGGCUGCGUACCGCUCCUGACCAUCUGAGGAGGAAGCGUUGGGGGCUGCCUUUUGGACGACAAUCUUGGGAGAGGUGCAGAACGUGUUUCGUAAUGUGAUAUGCAGAGAGGUACAUUUCCAGGUGCUCAAGUGUCAUUCACAAACACACAAAAACUUGACAAAACAAUCCCUACCCUUGGCUUUUGUCCUGGGGCUGCAGAAAGAUCAAAAAUCUGAAAUUCGGUGCGAGUGCGUGUACGGUUGGUGCGAGCAAGGACAUACCCACCUCCCUCUCUCCUGCUUUAACCUUUGCACGUAGCUGUGGUAGGCAAAUUCUUCCUCUUACCGUUUGUUUUAGCUGUAGCAAUGAGCCGUGUGCAUGUGGUCUGCUUCUGGUCGUGCCUUUGGGAAGCGACGUUGUAGUCCGUGGAGGGGGCGAGUCUGAUUGCCACAUAACAACGGCCACGUCAACGCCUUGGGGAGCGCUUGCGCCUUCGGCCCGCAGGCAAAGCGACCCUGGCAGCGUGGGCGCUCGGUUAGCAACAGUAUUUGAUACCGUGUUGAGCUUGCUGCUUGGCACGGUAGGAUCUUACCCAGUUUAUCCAAACAAAACAAAAAAAAACCCAGCCUAGGUGCUUAGACUGUAUCCAGGCAAGCGCGUGGAAACCGCGUGGGCUCUGCUCCUUGCACAAGACGUCGUUAGCUCCUUGGAGCAGAAACGUGCUUUGGUCAAGCCUGGUGGGGAAAGCUCGAUGGGGAAAACUUCUCCACAAGAGCCACACGAUGGAGAAACUAGGAAGAGGACCAACAGUCGGUUAAACCAUCUAAUAGUUUUAGCAAGAUUUUGGGGAAAAUGCUGAACGUAAAUGACACUAAGCAACAGUCAAUGAUUUCAAAAUAGGAAAUCAGCCAAGGUGUUAAUUAUAAAGAGGUCCCUUGAAUUAAAUUUUGGCUUAUGCGCUUUUGUCAGGAAAAGCUAGGCUUUGGUGUUUCAAAGCUGCUGUAUGGCGUUGGUACAAGUAGAAGCUGGUGCAGAAGUUGCUUCUGUGGAGAAGCAACCGGAGGAAGAGCAACCAGGUUCUUCCAGGAGGAGCAAGAAACGCGGAGUCUCGUAUUUAUGUGCCAGCUUUGGAAACUCGCCGCUGCAUGUUUGGGGGCUCACAGCGUGGUCCUGGCUGACCGCGCCGAGAGCCGAGGCUCCGCAGUCUGAGACGGCACCGGCACGGAGCAGCCUUCACGGAGGAACCGCGUGCGGGGUGGGCAGUAAGCGGCUCUGCAAGGUGCCUGUCUGCGGCACUGGCACAGCCUGGAUAAGAUCAAUGUUGGGUUUUUUUCUGUUUUGCUAUGCUGGGAAAGGUCCUUGCGACGUGCUUCGCUGCCUGGUUAACGCAGCCGCGCGAGGAAACUUCCCGGGGCCCAAGCGUGGCUCCGUCUGCCGAGGCCGGCGAGCAGCACAUGGCUUUCGGGCAAAGACGACGGUCCCCUGCGCCUGCUACACGCUCGUCCGCGUUCGCUCCUCGGUGUUGCUCUUGCAUGCACGUGAGUCGUGAUCCAUCCGGGCUCUCUCCCAAGCCCCUUCCCUCCUGCGCGACCCUUCGGCAAAGCCAUACGUCCUCACAGCCGGAGCAGCGGACGAGCGCGGGCGGCCGGCAUCGUUGGGAGCCCUCCUCAACACUAAUCUCCUCGUCGGCAGUAGCAAGGCCCCGUCCCGCACUUCUCGUCCGUACCUGGCUCCUGGCAUCGCUUGGGAUUUGAACUUUGGGUGUAUAUGUGGAUGUCUAUAUAUUCAGGUACUAUGUAUAUUUUAGGUAUAUAUAUAAUGAACAUAUCUGGUUAUA